UUAUUAUUUUGCAAACUACUGUAAACCAAAAAAUCAUAAGCAAACAAAGAAAACAGUAAUAAAUAUAAAAGGUAGAGAAUAUUAUAACUAAAAUAUAAUUAAGAAGAUAUUUUUUAAUUAUUACAAUCACUUUAUUUGAUGGGUGAUGAGGUAAAGAAUAAUCGAUAUUCAGAUUUACAAUGGGAUGAUGACGACAUCCCUUUAAAUGUAAACAAAAAUACUUUAAAGUAAUUAGGAGAAGCUCUACAAUAUAAAUAAGAUAUAAAUUAUAAGAUAGUGAGCGAAGAGCUAAAGUAGUUUAUGGAUGAGUCACCCAGAAUAAUCUAAAGAUGUGAUUCUAAAUAACAAAAGGAUCUUUUAAAGCUAGGAAAAUGCAACAAUGAUAGUACCUAGAAAACCAAUAAAAUUGAUAGUAGUAUGGCUAAGUAUAUUGAUAAUAAUAUUAUUGCUACACCUAAUCAGAGACUUCUUAAGUUAUAAAUUUUGAAAAAGAAUAACACUAAUGAUAAUUAUUUUAGAGAUUAAUUUACAGAUAGAGCUUUUGAUCACUCUGAAAAGAAAAUUAGAGGAUCUAACUCAAGUAGGAGUACUUUGAUAAAUAUUAUGAAUAAAUAGAAUUCUUUUUUAGAAAAGACAAAAAUCUUGAACAACUAAAUUAAUGGCAGCAACAGUGAAUUUUAGAAGGAUAUUCAAGCUAUGAUAGAAGAAGAAAAGUAAAACGAUAAAUUAAAAGAAAGACAAUCUUACAUAAGCUAAACUGAGCAUAUGAUAGGUGCAAGAGAAAGAUCUUAGUAGCAUAAUUAAUUGCUUAAAAAUAAAUAAGAAGAGUAGGCUGCAAAUGCAGAGAAGUAAGCUAUGUAGGCAGAAGCAGCAUUUGAAUUUAAGAAAAAAAUGAACUAAGUUUUAAAUUAAAAAAACAAAGAAUUUAUUAGAUAAUUUACUAAAAUGAAAAAUGAAAAUAAGUCUAAGCAAUCAGAGAUUUAUUAGAAAAUAUUAGAUUUUUACUAAUAAAAAAAUAAAAUUGAUCCCAAUGAGAUCUAAUUAUACCAGGAUAUAUAUAACAGCCACUAAAAAGCAGCACGUGAAUUUAUUCAACAGAUUAGAAAUAAUAGCUAACCAAAUCGAUAAGAUCAAAACUUAAAAUAGUACUAGGUAAUGAACAACUUUAUUAAAAGUAAAUCAGCUAGAGUUUGCUUGAGCGCUUAAUCUCAAAGGAAGAUUGAAUCUCAGCAAUAAAUAUCUUAAAAGUCAGGAAAAUUAGAAGGGAGAAAAAGGAUUAAUACUCAGGUUACUCCUUUUGAAUAUUAGGAUUCUAAAUAUUUAAAUCUAAGCUAACAUGAAUAAGAAGCUUCUUAAAUUAAUUAAAGCUAAUAAUAGCACAGUUAGAAAGGACAUUCUUAUUCCGUUUAAAAUAUGAAAUCACUUCUCUAAAAUAGCUAAUAGAAUAUUUAUGUGGAGAAUUCUUUAUAUGAAUAAGAUUUAAUAAUGAAACAAAAUAACAAUCAUUAUGACAGCUUUAUAAAUUAAAAGCUAAAUAGGAAAAUUCUUUCUACUCUUAGGAUGUAAAAAGAAUAAAACAGUUUGCAACCCUAGAAAAAUUCAAUAGGAAAUGCAAGUUACACUUAACCAUUUCAAUUACCUACUUCAAAUGAGAGUAGAACUAAAGGAAAGUAAGAUUGUGAAACAUAAACUACCCUUCCAUAUAAAGUGAGGUCUAAAACUCGUAGUCCAGUAAAAAUAAAUAGGAACACCGUUGUUGAUUAAUAUUAGAUUAUGGCCAAACCAAUAGUAAUGAUUUCUCACAAUAGAUCUAAUUCGAACUCUCCAAUAGAAUUAAAAUCGAUAUUAAAAGAAUAAGAUAAAUGUGAAACAGUUGAAAUUGAUUCACCUUCUAAUUAAAAAAUUGAUAAAAUAAAAUAAAUUUAAUUUAGACAGCAAAGGUAAAAGGCAAACAGCAAACACAUUAGCAGUUCUCAUUCAUUUUUAGCAAAUAUGUUUCAAAACUAAAAGAAAUUAGCUGAAUAAUAAAUGUAAUUUAAACACCCUGAAUUAUAAAAUUUUCCUUAAACUAACAAUUAGCUAAAAUGCCAAUUUGCAUAAUAAAAUAAUACUCAACCUCAUAUUAAAAAUAAAUAAGGAUCCUUAAUUCUAAAUAAAGAUUAAGAAAAAGGUGAAAAUACAAGUGAUAAUGAAAACAAUGUGAAAUCUAGUCCAACUUCUGCCAGAAAUAAUUAAUUUCGUCCAGAUAUAUUAUCUUUCAACUUAUUUUAGCAGAUUCAAUAAAAUCAGCAUAAUCAAAAAUAAAAUCAUCAAAAGAACUUAUAAAAGCAGCAAGAGCACUCAUAAUUCAAUGAUUUAGUUGGAAUAAAUAGUAAUCUAAUUAAAUAAAACUACUCAUUACAAAACAAUAAAGUAGGUUUAUCACUUAAAAAUAAGUUUUAAAACAAAAAUACUAAUAUCUCUUCACUAAGUUCUAAAUUAUUUACCUAAAUUAAAGAAAGAAUUUUUAUGAGUUGA